UCGGAAAUCCGCUGGAACGUGGGUGAGGGGGACUCCUCCGUCGUCGUGUUUUAGUUUUGCCAGCGUCGCUGCGUUUGUCGCCCAAGAUCCCUUUCAUGAAGGAAAUGGAGCACCUUCCCCUUUGUUUCGUGCAUUUAGGCUGGUGAACAUGCAUUUCUUGCUCGCUUUCCACGCACUUCCGUGGAGCCGUGUUUUCAGGAAAGGCCCGUGUUUAUUUGUUGCAUGCCUCCUAAGAAUCUAGUCUAAGGACAUGAGGGUAAAGUAGCGUAUAUAGGUCACAGAGCCCCUAGUUUUAAACCUGGAGUUCAGGUCAUUUACAGACUUAAAAAUAAAAUAAAAUUUCAUUCCUUAUUUUUUUUUUAAGUAGCAUUUCAGAACUUCAUGGGUGAGAAUAUUGCAAUUUUAUCUUACAAGUUUUUUUUAAUGUUUUCCCAACAAAGAAUUUACUGUACUUCUCCCCUAUUUUCUGUCUCGGGCCAGAUAGUAAGCCUGGAAAGGAGCCUUUAAAAAUCACAGUAAUCUCAUUUUGGCAAAGAGAGAACGGAGAUCAGGAGAGUAAGGACUUGCCCAAGGUCACUGGCUUAGUUAGAAGUAGAUUAGAUACUAGAACUCAGGUCUCAACUCAGGGUGAGUAGGCAUUAACAUCUUCUAACAUGUGCACCUGAAAACUAAAUUCCAUAGGUGUAAAAUGUCGUUUUUUAAAUUAUUACUCAUAUUUGAGUCUGGAGAGUUUUUCUGCUACAUGCCCAGGUUUUGGUUUUCUUUAAACUAGAAGUUAGGGGAAGCCACAAACUAAAAAUAUACAUUUCAGCUAUUCAAACUAUAAAAAUAAACAUUUUCCCUGUGCUUGAUAGAGCUGGCACAGGCUUGCACAAGUUUCUAACAACAAAACUUUAAAGGUACUAAAUAGUAAUGGUAUUGUAUUUUUCUGAAAUGUUGCCAAGCAGAAGGGAAACGGCACUUAAUGGCAAACUGCCCUCUCCCGCCCCAAAUUGCUGCUAAGCAGAAGGAUUUAAACAUGAGGAUUCUUUCUGCCUCGGUGCUCUCUGUACUGUGCUUGGUUUUUAUAAACAACCCUGACCAUUUUGGCUUCACGAGUGAUUAAUGAUGCAUCUUUUUGUUGAAUUUGAGAUUGUUCACUAGCCCUGUCUACAUUACCAAAAAAAAAAAAAAAAAAAAAAAAGCAGCAGCCUUAAUGGCAUCUUUUUGUUUUGUUUCCUUAUUAUAUUAGAUGUAUAAACGCAGCAUCCUUAGUUCUUGGGGUUGUGUAGGAGUUGGCAGGCUCUAAGAUAUAAAUAGAAGCUGAUUUCAGAGGCCCCUGUUGACUAGGCUUUAUGUGAGAGCCUCCAUCCAGCUCAGCCUGUCACAUUGCAGCCUUGUGACAGGCUGAAGCUCCCGCCCAUGUGAUCUAAGCUUCUGAGAAAUAUUAAGGCAAGCUUUGCACAUGUGAUGGCGUUUAAAAGCUCGCUUUCUAGGGGGGGAAAAUCUACAAGAUGGGAAGCUACGUGGAAGACUAAUGUCCUGGUGUCUCUUGUGUCUCAGUUGCAGGCUAUUUAUAGUGAAUUGAAAGUAGUUGUGUUUUCUGAAGAAGGGAAGGUGGAAUACUUUGCAAGUUGCAAGUCGAACAGAAAAAUAUGGCUCAGGAGACUAACCAGACCCCAGGGCCCAUGCUGUGUAGUACAGGAUGUGGCUUUUAUGGGAAUCCUAGGACAAAUGGAAUGUGUUCCGUUUGCUACAAAGAACAUCUUCAGAGGCAGCAAAAUAGUGGCAGAAUGAGCCCAAUGGGAACAGCUAGUGGUUCCAACAGUCCUACCUCAGAUUCUGCAUCUGUACAGAGAGCAGACACUAGUUUAAACAACUGUGAAGGUGCUGCUGGCAGCACAUCUGAAAAAUCAAGAAAUGUGCCUGUGGCUGCCUUGCCUGUAACUCAGCAAAUGACAGAAAUGAGCAUUUCAAGAGAGGACAAAAUAACUACCCCGAAAACAGAGGUGUCAGAGCCAGUUGUCACUCAGCCCAGUCCAUCCGUUUCUCAGCCUAGUACUUCUCAAAGUGAAGAAAAAGCUCCUGAGUUGCCCAAACCAAAGAAGAACAGAUGUUUUAUGUGCAGAAAGAAAGUUGGCCUUACAGGGUUUGACUGCCGAUGUGGAAAUUUGUUUUGUGGACUUCACCGUUACUCUGACAAGCACAACUGUCCAUAUGAUUACAAAGCAGAAGCUGCAGCAAAAAUCAGAAAAGAGAAUCCAGUUGUUGUGGCUGAAAAAAUCCAGAGAAUAUAAAUUACUACUUGUGAAGAGACUGAAACUUUGUUUUUAUUUUAAUAUAUCGUAGGAAAACAUUAAAGAGCAGAUGCAUGGCCAUUUUCCUUUGAUGUUCUCCAGAGUUUUACUUUACACUUGUCUGUCUUAUAAUUGAAAUUUUAGGAUGUUUGGGUGUUUGUUACAGGCAGAAAUGGAUAGAUACAGCCCUACGAAAUGUAUAUGCCCUCCCCUGAAUAAAAUUGGAUGAAAAUCUGCACAGCAAAUUGAAAUACGCAGACGAUAGGGACAAAAUUUAGUUCCCACGUGCCAAACAUAAUCCGUGAAAUCUCUGCAUGUUUGCAGCAUAUCUGCCUUUUGGGAAUGUAAUCAAGGUAUAAUCUUUGGCUAGUGUUAUGUGCCUGUAUUUUUUAAAAAAAUGGUACACCAGAAAAGGACUGGCAGUCUACUUCUUCCAUAGUCCAACUUCACCCUGUUAAUUUCCACAACAUGUUCUUUGGAAGCAGGAGGAAAGCUAUAAAGAGGAUCAGACCUUUCCGUGAAACCAGUGUUUGGUGCCAUAUGUAAGCCUGGCUCAUUGGUCUCCUAAAAGCUGUCAAGUAAGACAUUCUGUGAAAGGUAAACAUCGCAACUGGUUAUCAUGAGUAAAGCCAUCAAGCCAACAGGGGCUUGAGCUCUCUUUGAAGCUUACUGUGCUGGCCUGCACCAGAAGAUGCCUGCAUUACUCUCAUUGCUCAAAAUGUUGUGUAGCACAGAACUGCACUAGGAUUAAUUUGUCUACAAGAAGAAAUUAAAACUACAUUUGGUUUUUACAUGCCGCAGCUCUAUUGAAUAACAUGCAUCUGAAUUUUAAGUUGCAAAGGUAUCUGAAAAGUUCAUUUUUCGUGUGCAUCUUUUGUUGAAUGUUUUGGUUCAAGAAAGAAUGUUUAAAGCUUUUUUAAAGACUUCAGUUCUUAAUGUAACUGUACCUUCUGCAUGGAAAAUCAUAACCAACAUGGCUGCAGUAGACUUCUUAGUGGUAUCCAGCACCACUCGCAGAGGGCUGCGUUAUCCUAUUAAUUGUACUUGGGUGUAGGACUCUAGUGUUCUUGGGUGUAUUGCAUGGGCUGCAUUAUCUACAGCAUUGUACAAUAACAACUAGAAGAGGCAGUAUACUUCACUGAUGCUUGUCUGGUAAUAUCACUUCUGUGUCAUAAUGGAAGGUUUUUGUGAUGUAUGAAACUUGUGUUUUUUAUAUAUAAACGAGCAUAGUUAGAUUAGUAUUGUGGUAAUGCCUGUUUUCAUCUGUAAAUAGUUAAGUAUGUACACGAGGCACUACUUCUGAUUUAUUGCAGUGUUCAGUCCUAGUUUUUACUUUAAUUAAAGCAUUCGGUUUUGCUUUCGAUUUUUAUGUACCUUAGUUCGGAGUUAGAUCUGCAGAUGUGUACAGAUAGUUCAUAUUUAUGUAUUGCACAUAAUCAUGCUAUUCAGCAUCGAUGCUAUAUUGUAUUAUGUAAAUAAUAAAAGCCAUGUACAGAGGGAAA